GGUGGGGAACCGUCCGGGCCGCACGUUUCAGCCGCAUUACGUGCACGAAUAGCGGGGGCGCAGCCAGCGGGGCUUGUGUAACUUUGCGAGCGUGCCAGCGAGUUUAAAGUCCCUGCUCCGCCGCUGCUCCUCCUUCCUCGCUGCAGACGCCCGAGCGGGACGGCGAGAGGCUGACUGCUCGCUGCGCGCCGCUUCGCACCCUUCGCCUAUAAAUACCGCGGAGAAGGACAGCCGCUCCCGGGCCGGUUCCCCGCCGCCGGCCCGAGCUGCCCGAUGGCACCGCCCGGCUGCCGCCGCGCCUGAGCCCCGCGCUCCGCUCCGCUCCGUUCGGUUCCGCUCCGCUCCGCUCCGCUCCGCUCCGCUCGGCCGCCCCGCGCCCGCCGCCCCCCCGUCCUCGCCCGGUUUUCUCCCCACCCGCGGGCCCCGGACAGACGAGACGAUGCGCUGCGCGCCGCCGGGGCUGCUGCUCGCCCAGCUGCACGCCUGCAUCUUCUGGAGCGGGCUGUGGCCCGUCGGCUGCCAGCCGCCCCCCGCCGCCUGGAGGCAGCGCAUCCAGUGGGAGAACAACGGACAGGUGUACAGCCUGCUCAGCCAGGGCUCCCAGUACCAGCCCCCGCGGCGCCGGCAGGCGGCCGAGCCGGCGAGCGGCCCCGUGCUGCUGCUCCGCGGGAACGGCUCUGUGCCGCGGAGCGCCGCCGCCCGGCCCCAGCCCCAGCCCGAGCCCCAGCCCCAGCCUCAGCCUCAGCCUCGGCCUCGGCCUCGGCCCCAGGCCGGCGGCAGCCGGGGCUCGGGCGCCCGGCAUUGGUUCCAGGCCGGCUAUCAGGCGCCCACGGGCAGCCGCGCCGCCCCAGCCCCUCCUCGGCGGCCCCGCGGUCGGGGGCCCCGGCGACGAGGGCGAGCGGAGCGCCGGCGGGCUGCCGCGCCCAGCGGCCUGCGGGCCGGGCGGGAGGACGUGAUGGUGGGCGACGACCCCUACAACCCGUACAAGUACACGGACGAUAACCCCUACUACAACUACUACGACACCUACGAGCGGCCGCGCCAGGGCAGCAGGUACCGGCCCGGCUACGGCACCGGCUACUUCCAGUACGGUCUGCCCGACCUCGUCCCGGACCCCUACUACAUCCAGGCGUCCACCUACGUGCAGAGGAUGUCCAUGUACAACCUGCGCUGCGCCGCCGAGGAGAACUGCCUGGCCAGUUCAGCUUAUCGAGCGGAUGUUAGAGACUAUGAUAAUCGAGUGCUCCUGAGAUUCCCUCAAAGAGUGAAAAAUCAAGGAACUUCAGAUUUCCUACCAAGCAGACCUCGUUAUUCCUGGGAGUGGCACAGCUGUCACCAGCAUUAUCACAGCAUGGAUGAAUUCAGUCACUAUGACUUGUUAGAUGCAAGCUCACACAGAAAAGUUGCUGAAGGACACAAAGCAAGUUUCUGCCUUGAAGAUACCUCCUGUGAUUACGGGUAUUACAGACGAUACGCGUGUACAGCACACACACAGGGAUUGAGUCCUGGCUGUUAUGACACUUACAAUGCUGACAUAGAUUGCCAGUGGAUUGAUAUCACAGAUGUGAAACCUGGAAACUACAUUCUGAAGGUCAGUGUAAACCCCAGUUAUUUGGUACCUGAAUCUGAUUACUCCAACAACAUAGUACGCUGUGAUAUACGCUAUACUGGCCACCAUGCAUAUGCCUCAGGCUGCACAAUUUCACCGUAA